UCCUCCCUUUAUUUUUUCCCGCAACGUAUUGAAGUUCGUCGGAAGCACGGGUUAGCACUUUUAGCAGCUAAAAUGCCCAAACGAACUUGUCCUUUUCCAGAAACGUUUUCAUCCCAAUACAAAAUGCACAUUGGACAACACGAGCUGAAUACUUACGGCGUAUUCGGGAAUAAAUACAGACAAGAAAUAUACGAUAAGACAAAGAACUUGCUUUUCAACGGUGCCAAAGCUGUAAUGGACAAACUAUGGACAGGAGAGGAGAAGCUCGCAGAGUCGCAGCCCAGUGGACAGCCGUCUGCGUGCAGUCAGACCCUCCUGAGAGGACAGACACUUAUUGGACAUGAUGGGAGACUCACAAGAACCACUGCUGCACAAGGUGCACAGGUGGCUCCCACAUGCUGCUGUGUGUGUCAGAAAAACCAGGGCUCCAGGACACAGUGUUCCCAGUGUGACAGGCUAGUCUGCUCCUCUUGUACCCGACACUGUUCCAGCUGCUCGAGCCUCUGCUGCUCCGUCUGCACCAUCAUAGAUUACAGCGGGCGAUACGAUGAGGUACUGUGCUGCAGCUGUUCAACGUAAAAAAAGGACCAACAAAACGAACUGGAGUUUAUGCUUGUAUAGUUACCUUGUAUGAGAUAUUACAAAAACUACAUUUUAUCCUCGUUUUUUUUAUAUGAGUCAGAUUCUUGUAUAUACAUUUAUUCCAAAAAUUAACUGAAAUAAACUUGAACUCUUUUGCACACA